AUAUGGAGACAUCCGUACCGACGCUCUUAUCACAAGCGGCGGAAAGCCGUUUGGGAAACGGAUCCGACGUAUUGUGAUAAAGUGGUGAAGACUACCGCGCCGUACAAUGAGGGCCGACGACUGUUGGACAUCAUGGAUAUGGCGAUACUUGACUUCUUCAUCGGUAAUAUGGAUCGACACCAUUACGAGACGUUCAAACACUUUGGCAACAAUACGUUUCCAUUGCAUUUAGAUCACGGCAGAGGGUGUAGAUCAGGCAUCAGUAGACCGAUUUUAAUAAACUUGGGUGUUUUUAUGUUCAAACACUUUGGCAACAAUACGUUUCCAUUGCAUUUAGAUCACGGCAGAGGCUUUGGUCAGCCCUACCAUGAUGAACUGUCCAUUUUGGCUCCACUCGCCCAGUGCUGUGUCAUAAGACAGACUACUCUGAAACGGGUGUUGAGUUUUACGCAACCGGACAACAGACUGAGCCAUGUGAUGCGAAAGUCAUUGUCAGCGGAUCCCGUGAAUCCG